CGUUGAAUAAAGAAAAAGUCGAAAACGGUUUUAACUCUUGAGCAAAUAAUUAAUUAACAAUUAAUACAUAAUAAAAAUCAUUAAUUAUUAGCGGUAUUUUAUUUCAAAGUUUGAACAAUAACGAGGUACACACUCCAUGUUCUUCCAGCUGAAGCUGAAGAACACCAUUGUUGCUGUUUCGGAACACUGAUCGGAGCAACCAAACAGUUUUGUUCACUCAAUGUUUUGUUAUACAUUGAAUCCAAUUCAAGCUUCCAACUUCCUUAGAUCUCCUUUCCACUGUUCAAUGUAAUUGUAGAUCCUGCAGGUUCUCACUAUGAGCAAGGCAUUUUCAUCAACAAAACCCUCUUCUCUGCCUCCACCAAAGGCAAUAGCAACAUCCUCUGCAAAGAAUAGGCUAAGUCCUCGAAGCCCGUUGCAGGAUCUCAACCGCAUUUCCAACAGCAGCAACAGCAGCUAUGCUUCUUCCAAUCUCUCCACUGAACCCCCAAGUGGUUGCCUCAGGUUCCUGUCUUCCUCUUCUUUCAAAACACCUGCAUCACACAAGCAGCCGAAGAGCCUCUCCAAAACCCCUAACUCAGUACCUGAUGGGAUUGGUUCGAAACAACCUAAAUCUAAGUCCUCAAAGGAGAAUCUUUCUAGAGGUAGCAAUGCUGAGCCACAAGCAAAAAGGAUCUCAUCGAAUAAGGUACGGUCAUGUCAGAAGAACCCCCCAUGCAGGACUGGGCAAAAGUCUAAGCCUUGUUCUGUUCUGAGUGAGCAUGGCAAACUUUUACCUGGGUUGGCACCUGGAUCUGAGGAGUUAAAGGGAAAGAAAGACAGUUUGAGAGGGAUAAUUGAUAAUGGCAAUGAGGAUUCCCGGCUUAAAACCUCUCAUGGUACUCCUAGCUUGACUCCUUUGAGUAGAAAAGUUGCUGAGUUGGAUUUGGAUAGUACGAUUCAUGAGGAUGUUAACGAGAACUCAAAUAGAAGUGCUAGUAGAACACCUCCGAUUAAUAACUCUGUUUCGCCUGAGAUACAAUGUGGAUCUUCUUUGGUUUCAACAACCACACCGGCUUGUUACGGUGCUGGAUAUCUUGUUUCUGGUGUCACUGACAAGAGGAAGUGCAGGCCUAGAGGGAUUCUUACUGUAGAAGAGAAUUAUUCAGGCUUUGAUAAAACAGCUGCUGAUAGUUUUGAUGAUGGUGGUGAGAAGAAAGUAACAGAUGUUAGCGACAAUGUGAGUCCUUCCUUGUUGCCUUUGCCGGCUGAAGCUUUAGUGCAUUGGCUUUCUUCGCCACGUAACAAGGGGAAGAAGGUUCUCAGUCCAAAUGCCGACAGCGCAGCAAAACAAAGUGAAGGACUAGCAGAAUCCACAACUUUUGAUUCCAGUACUUCACCAUCAUGCAGUUCCAAAUCUUUUUGGAAUAUAACUGAUGGCAGUGAUUUGUCUGGUACUUCUUAUCAUAUAAGGAGAAAGAUGAGUUCUUCAAUUUCUCCAAGUGGAAUUUCCGAAUUCCAAGUACGUUUUGAUUCCAUGUUGUCCCCUUCUUAUCCAUCCAUAUUAUUUUCUACAAAUUCCAUGCUUAGUUGUAGUAGCUCCGGAAAAGGUAAAAAAGAUCAGUACAAUCCCAUUGAUGAGAAUUCACCCUUAUCCCUGACUUCAAUAGGCAGUGGGAAUGUUAUGCAAACUCCAGAAUCAGACUACGGUUCAGACUUGCAUGUUGCAUUGUCGUUUGUCCAUACAGACAAUCGAAAACAAGGUAGUCCUAAUCCUGUCCUUAAUUCUAUCAAUGAUGUUUUCACAUCAGAAAGCCUCCAUCUCAAUAGCUCUGUGCCACCUGAGGAUUCUGUUAAUUCUAGUUUCCAAUUUGAUUGUUUAGCUGUGCCUUGUGAAUCGAUUGAUUUCAGCAAACUUCCGAGAUUUUCAGAUGAUCAGGAUCCUUGGUUAUCAAGUUGUACAAUAGGGAAUGCAUCCGAAUCACAAUCCCAAACGGGAAUAUCAUGGAGAGAAGAAGUGUUAAUGAGCCAACCUUAUGAUCCGGAUGAAUUUGACUGUUGUAGAUGUUUGUCAGAUGAAGAAGACCUUGCUAACCACCGUGAUAGCGAUAGGUUAUCAGCUCCACGAAUCGAUGAAGAUGAUGGCUGUGAAAUAUCAAAGGAUGUCAACAUUGCUCACAUGGAAGACAAUGAACUCGAAAUUGUGGGUCUGGCAAAGUAUUUCCAGCUUUGACAUCAUAGUCAGGUGCUGAAUCCAUAAGCACUGAUGGAGGUGGUUUAGUUGCUUCAAAGGAUGGUUCAGAUUGGAGUUCAUGCUACAAGAACAAUUCAAUUUGAUGUGAGUUUUAACGUUUAUGGUGAAGGAAGACAUUUUCCACUCUAAUUUUUUUCUUUUUCUCAUGUUAAGAGUAGAAGUUUUUUUCUUUUGGUUUAAUAGUCAAAUUAGUCCUCAGAUAAGGCAUUCUUCAAAUUCGUUUUUGAAAGAUUUUUUCAGUCAAAUUGGUCCUUCAAAGAUUACGAAUUAAUUAUAUCUAUCAUUCAGUUACUCCAAUAACAAUUUUCGUCAACGAUUGGUAAUGUGAAAUGUUAACUGAUAGUAUACAUAACACAUAACAUGUUCCAUUGAACGUUGGCUAAAUAUGUUUACGAAAAUCUAUCAAUUUAGUCACUAGGUCAUAUUAGGAAUAGGAUUUUUGUAAUUGGGAAAAUGACUAAAUUAAUAAAUUUUCAUAAAUAUAUUUGGUCAAUAUCUAAUUAGACAUAUCAGGUAUUAUAUAUGUUAUCAAUUAACAUUUUAUAACAUCAAUCUUUGAAGAAAAUUGUUAAUAGAGUAACGGGAGGAUAAAUAUGAUUAAUUCGUAAUCUUUGAAUGACCAAUUUGAUUGAAAAAAUCUUUCAGAGAUUAAUUUAAAGAAUAUCUUAUCUUUUAAGGACUAAUUUGACUAUUAACCCUUUUUCCUUUUUUCAAAUUCAGGAAUACUUGACCAUUCAAGUGGUUAAUCAAGUAAUAAUGGUUACUCAUUAACCGGUUGACUAAUAUUGUUCCUACAAGAGAUACUUUUACCAACAGCUUUUAUUUAUUUAUUUUUUCUUCCGGUUGUCAAUCCUUGUACUCACUAGUCACUACUCAGUGAAAUUUAUACUACAAUAAUUCCAAUA